GGACAUCCGUGGCAUACUUUGAUUGAAUUUGGUUCUGUUAGGCGAGCACGAAGCAACAGUCGAUCACUUGUGAAGUUGCGGCGAGUUCCGGGUACCGGAUUACACCAUGACCUGGCAAACGAUGAAACCUUCCACUAUCUGGAGCACCUUUGGACUGAUCCUGUUCGGAGCAUUCAUCCUGGCGGCGGUGGCCGAUGCGGAUCCGAUGGUAGACGGAUCGAGCAGCUUGUACGGCGAUAAUAAACAUGCUAGCGAUAAGCGCCCGUUCUUCGUCGGCAGCCGGUACGGACGAUCGCACGUGUACGGCGCCAAGGACCUUCGGCAGGUGAGCGUGGUCCCGCGGAACGAUCGCUUCUUCCUUGGUUCGCGGUACGGCAAACGUUCCGACCUGACCAAGGAAAUCGAAUCCGACAGCAACAACGGCGUGGCCGAGCUAACCUAUCUUGCCUGUCUGCACACGGGCGUUUCGAACCUCUACCGGUGCUAUAGCCGCGACGCAUCCUCGGCCAGUCUACGCCAGCAGGACGCGGACCAGUUUGAUCAGGCACACCCGCAGCAGUUCAGCGACUCGGUCGACCUGGCGGAAAAGUAAUCGAAACAACCGGGGUACGGAUUGAUUGACUGGCUGUAGCCUACUGUGCGACCGGGAGGAGUCGAGCGUCAGGCGUCAUUCAACUAAAUCCCUUCCAAUGUUCCUCCACCCAGUCCUCACUCACUCUCUCACCCUCUUCCUCCACCCUCCACUUGAUUCAAGCGACAACGGAAUGCUGCAGCCAAUUUGCCAAUGUAAAAACCAAAUAAACAUGAUAAUCUAACCUCACAAGGCACCAACCAACCUAAUGUACCCGUGCGAUCAAAUCGCACACCACCAAGAGCAGGAACACCCCGGGAAGGAACCGGGCCAGUAGAGGAACGAGAGGGAAAAUGCGUGCCGGGAAGGGACGGAGAUCCAUGGGUUUCAGUUUGAGCUGCAGUAGCGAAGCGGGGACUGGACACUGCUGAAAGCCAAACGGGAAGGACAUCGGGCGGGAACUAGGAGUAGUGUCGUAGCGCCACCGGCAACUGUACGGUGCGCUCUGGCCACUACCAAAGGCUGGGUAGUUCUGGCUCGAUGCCCGUCGUCCUGUUCGGUCGGUUGGCGCGCGCGCGUGUUGCGAUCAUGUCUAUUAAAAAGUAUUACCUAAUCGUACAUAGCUACACGCUAGAUAAUGGAUACAUUUUAAGCCCGUACUUUAGAACGAUGGACAACGGAAGAAUCACUGCAGAUACGUACUUAAAUGCCUGACAGAUGUUAGUUUAUUCCCACCUCUUAGCUCCCCCAUCUGCGUUGUCCGGACAUCCGGACCCGGUGAGUCGUACCCGCCGAUUUGCUGUCCGGCGUGCAAUUGCACCGGGAAGCAAGGUUUCGGCCUGCGGAUUGCACAGCACCCGGCGGAUUCACGACUGGUCAGUACGACGCAGCACACAUAGGAUGAACCGGAAGCAUUCAGAACCAUGUUAUCUCGACGGCACUGUUCUUGUAAGAUAAAUUAUGCUGUAUAAAUAAAUACUAGUGCUCUGAAAGGAUGA